AUGGUAGCGGCACUUCUCUCGCUCGCUUGCAAGCUGCAGUCUCGCAACCUGGCGCCUGCCAGGCCGAAGAGACCCCAGUCCCUGUCCAUGUCAUUCUGCGUGUUGCCGUCCUGGCCCUCACCUGCACUGCCACUCUCACAUCCCGCUCCCUCCUCCUACCAGGUGGGCUCGCACGUCUCAGGAGAAGAAGACCCCUCCCCGCUGAGAGACCCACGCAUGGAAGAAGAAGACGCCCCUGAUAAUAUCAUACUGCGUGUUGCCCACCUGGCCCUCGCCUGCACUGCCACGCUUACAGCUACUCGCCCCAGCAUGGCACGCUUGGCUCAUGACUUGGAGGCAAUCCGGGCAGAGGUGGUCGGGGAGGAGGUGAACCGCGCAGCAGAGAGGGUGGAUGAGGUGGUGCGGCUGGGCACAGGGCAGAUGAGGACGCUGGAUGAGGAGUUGAGGAUUGUGACCGAGUCGCUGGAUGCUCAUGCUCAUGCUGAUGCGGAUGCGCCUGAGCUGAGCUAUGAGGGGGACAGGUUGUUGUCGUGA